UGUGGCAACUCUCAGUCUAUUACCCGUGGUGGCAAUAAAACGACUUUACAAGGAAGUGAUAUACGUCUGUUGUUUGAAACGGUUCUUUCAGUUAUAAAUUGCAACGAAAUACUAUUGCAAAUCUACGAAAACAAAGCCUGUGUAUACGGAUAUCUUAUAUGGCUGUUUAUGUGAGGAUAUUUGUGCUUGAAACUGGUUGAAGUAAGAAUAUAAUUUGCUGUAUAUUUAAAGAACGGUGAGUAUAAAAUAUGACAUCAAGCUUAUAUUUGGACAAGAUUUGUAGAGCACAGCGAUCAGUAGUAUUAAGCAUCUAAUACAGCCAGCAGACGAACUGAACUACUUAUGCUUGUGGACCUUGUGAUGUUACUCUAAGUGUAUAUCCAGACCGGGCAACCUUGAAAAAUAUGCCUGUCCUUUGGAAUACUAGCCCAAUGCUCUUGCAACUGAGCUACGCGGUCAGGUCGGUUCGAGUAUGCGAUAUUUCGGAACAGAAUCUAGUUCCUUCCAUAUCAAUGCAAUCUAGUAUAAUCAUAAUUUCAAUAUACCAUUUUAAGUUAAUACUUUCGUGCCUUGGAAAUUUCCUACGAUCCAGAAAAUCCAAGAACAUUCAAAACUAUAUGUACCAAGUGUAAUACGGCUCAAACUCUGGUUCAGUCUCUUAAGUGCUGCUAUUAGUUAUAUAGUUUUAUUUAGAUAGCUUUUAUGUGGGUAUGUCCUAACUCGAGCCCGCAGUAAUUGGCUAACGCCGUUGCGGUCACCCUGUGUCACCCUGAGACUUAGUCUAGCCCUCAUUAUAGUAUAUCAAAAUACAAUGAGAUUAGGGUACCUUAGGGUGUGUUAGGGUACAUCAAACUACCUUAGAUAAGACAAACAUAGAGUACAUUAGUCUACCUUAGCUUACCUUAGGGUACCUUGGCCUACCCUAGGGUAUCUUGGAGUAUACCACGUCUAUACCUGCCUAUACCUUGUAAUAGUAUUGUGUAUUGUAAUAUGGCGAAACUAAUAAAUAAAUAAAUAAAUAAAUAAAAUAUUUACUUUAUUUUUAAUAUAGCGAGUAAAUAUGGCAUCGAAUUAUCCACUCGGGUACGAUGACGAAAGAUUCGAGUCAAUAGUGAACCAAAAUUUCCACUGUUUGAUUUGCUACAACGUAUUGAAAGACCCCGUGAUGUGCCGCAGAAACGAGCAUUAUUUUUGCCGUGGCUGCAUCACGGAACAUCUUCGUAGGAAUUCCCAUACAUGUCCAACAUGCGCUGACGAGCUGAGUGUCGAAACAUUGCAAGGCGUUCCAAGAAUUGUGAGGAAUUACUUAAACGAACUAAGUAUUCGUUGCGAUCAUUACGACAGAGGAUGUCGAAAACUCGUACGGCUCCAGAAUUUAAAGCGACAUGUCGCCGAAUGCGGGUUUACUCCAGUCGUUUGUGGAAAUCAAGGUUGUGGUGAGACAAUCAGUAAAAGAGAUCGUACAUAUCAUGAGAGUGAACUGUGUCAAUUUAGAAAGUUGAAGUGCCACAAUUGUAGAGAAAUCGGCACUACGAUGGCGGGAAUGAAAAUGGAAAUGGCGAACAUCAACACGAAUCAGGUGAACACGAGAAAGAAAUUGGCAAACACGAACACGAACAUGGCAAAUAUUAGAACGGAAAUUGCAAAUGUGAACACGAAAAUGGACAAUAUCAACAUCGAAAUGGUAGGCAUCAACACGAAAAUGGCAAACACGGACACGAAACUCGAAAACAUGAACACGAAAAUGGCAAACUUGCACGCAAACGUGGAAGCGAAGUUCCAAGCUAUGAAUAAUGAAGUGAGAAAAAUAAAAAUGAGUUUAAAUGAAGUAAAAGAUGGCUUUGAUCACUUGAAAGAAGCAGUACUUGAGAAGAUAGAGAGAGAGAGCAAAGAUAGAAAGCAGGAGGAAAUCACAAGAGAUGUAAGUGGCACAGCGAGUGGCGGGAGAGAAAAUCAACAUAUAUUUGUUGCUGGUGGUUUUGGGAGAAACUCGGUAGAAAUAUUUAACUACCGUCAGAGAUUGUGGUCUUUAUUAAAGCCCAUGCCAGAGAGUCGUAACAGCGCAUCUUCAUUUCUCUACAAUAAUCACGUGACUGUGGCGGGAGGUUAUUGUGAUGCGGCUGUAGAUAACAUGAUCCGAAUGAAUAUUCACCCAGUUCCUGAUCUCUCACAUAACUGGAGUGAUUUUGCUGCCAAACUUCCUGCCAAGAUGUCUGCACACAGCAGUGUGGUGUACAAGGAUAGCUUGUUGGUUACUGGCGGUAUUAAUGAAGAUCAAGAUCUCUACUUUGACUGUAUUCAUGAAGUUCAACUUAAACCACCUUACACUGUUAAAUUGGUAUCCAAGAUGCCUGAACCAAGAGUUCGUCACAGCAUAGUACUAUGUGAUAGUAUUUUGAUCGUUGGGGGAACGAAAUCCUGGGACUGCGAAGACAAUCUUAGCAGUGUGUUAAGCUAUGACAUCAAGAAGAAUGAAUGUCAACAGUUACCUGCGCUUCCCUAUCCAGUGAGUCAAAUGGCGACAGUCAAGUGGGCUGAGAAUGUCGUGAUCAUUGGUGGGGCUGACAAGGAUGGUAAAGCAUUAAACAAUGUUAUAAUUUAUAACAUCAAGACUGGAAACAGUCAUAUGUUGCCUCCCAUGUUACACAGAAGGACAGGAUGUAUGGCAGUUGUUAUUGAGAAUGCAAUUGUAGUGCUAGGAGGAAGUGAUGAGAGAAGGCGUAUUUUGAAAUCAGUUGAAGGUUUCAAUUUUGAGCGAUAUUCAUGGCAGGAACUUCCUGAAAUGAAGGAAACCAGAUACUGGGCCACAGCUGUCGUGAUCUAGACGUGCUUGUAUAGAAGAUGUGGAAUGUUUAAACUUUGACAUUUACAACUUCAAAGUUUUAACGAUUUUAACAAAGAUUGAAGAACUAUACGUGACUAUACCAAUGUCUGAGAAGCUCUCGACAAGAUCAAAACUCAUUGCGCAGAAUUCUCUAAAACUUUGACAUAUAUCUCAAAACAUUUCGAGAUUUACGAAUAUAUGCAAGAACAGCCAGACUAUAGUACUAAAGCUUUCAUUAUCGAGACAGGUUUAAAAAUUGAAUUUCUAGGUUUCAGCAUUAUACAUGUAAAACAUUUAUAGUCAAUCAAUCCCAUAUAAAAACACCGAUUCUUCUCUUCUAACUUAUACUGUAGACUACUUUCAUAAUAUAGAUGGGUUUGCAUAAUUAUUUUAUAUUCUUAUAUUCGAAUUACAUUCCGAAUUAACCAUUCCGAAGUUGAUGAGAAGACUGGGGACGAAGUGCCCAUAUUAAUAAUUAAUGAACCAAAUAACUAAAAAGACCACCUCAAAAUUAGUAAGUAUGCAAAUUUUGAAGACGUUUACAUGAAUAACACUAAUUCGAAUAAUAAGCUUUCAAAAAUUGUGAAAUUACUGAUUAAAAUAAUGUUUUUGGGACGCGCGUCCCAACUGACAAAAAUUACAAUACAUUUCAUAGUAAAUAUCGGGAUUUUCGAAAGCUUAUUAUUCAAAUGAUAUUCAUGUAAACGUCUUCAAACUUUGUAUACUUACUAAUUUUGAGAUGGUCUUUUUAGUGAUUUGGUUCAUUUCUUAAUUUGAGCACUUUUUAACACUCGUCCCCAGUCCUCUCAUCAACUUCGGAAUGGCUAAUUCGGUCACAAAAACGAGGUCGAAAAGGCUUUAUAUUAAAAUGCACAUAAACGAAAUGUACAUAAACGAAUAAAAUGAAGUAUACAUACGCAC